AGAAGGCAGUGCUAACUAUGUCGAAAAGCAUAGCAAAGUUGAGCACUUAUCCAACUUAUACCAGCCACAGAAACAAGUCAAACUAUGCCAAAUCUCCAAAUUGUUUCAUCUUCCUCAGACAAUCUUGGACAACAUGUCUCUUAUCUUCGAAUUUGGACCUUUCUUGUCGUAGCAGUGUUGGUGCCUUUGCGGCUUUGGCCGAGACCACCCACAACGUAACCGUGGACAAAAAUGCAAAAAUUUGCAAGUUCUGCGAAAUGGGUGAUCUCAGAAAUGCCAUGGAAUUGCUCAAAAGGUCACAAAGUUUUGAACUUGAAUUGAAUGCUUACUGUUCCGUCUUGCAGCUCUGUGCUGAGCUUAAAUCUUUGGAAGAUGGAAAGAGGGUUCAUUCCAUUAUCACUUCCAAUGGCAUGACAACUGGUGGGGUUUUAGGGGCAAAACUAGUCUUCAUGUAUGUGAAUUGUGGUGAUUUGGUUGAAGGAAGACGAAUAUUUGAUGGGAUCCUCAAUGAUAAGGUUUUUCUCUGGAAUCUCAUUAUGUCUGAAUAUGCGAAGACUGGUAAUUACAGGGAAAGUGUGAGUCUUUUUAAGAAAAUGCAGAAGUUGGGAGUUAGAGGGGAUUCUUAUACAUUUACUUGUAUCUUGAAGUGUUUUGCUGCAUUGGGAAAAGUAAAAGAGUGUAAAAGGAUUCAUGGGUAUAUUUUAAAACUGGGUUUUGGUUCUUAUAAUGCUGUUGUCAACUCUCUAAUUGCAGCUUAUUUUAAAUGUGAUGGAGUUGAGAGUGCACAUAAUUUGUUUGAUGAAUUGAAUGACCGAGAUACUGUGUCUUGGAAUUCUAUGAUUAGUGGGUGUGUUAUGAAUGGGUUUUCCAGAAAUGCACUUAAGAUUUUCAUUCGGAUGCUGAAUUUGACGGUUGAUGUGGAUUUGGCCACCUUGGUUAGUGUUCUUGUGGCCUGUGCAAAUAUAGGCAACCUUUCAUUGGGUAGAGCUCUUCAUGCUUACGGAGUGAAAGCUGGUUUUAGUGCGGAAGUGAUGUUUAACAAUACCUUGCUAGAUAUGUAUUCAAAAUGUGGUAAUUUAAACGGUGCAACUGAAGUUUUUGUGAAGAUGGGUGAAACAACUAUUGUUUCUUGGACUUCAAUCAUAGCUGCUUAUGUUCGAGAAGGUCUAUAUGAUGCUGCUAUCGGGUCAUUUGAUGAAAUGCAAGGCAAAGGUCUUAGCCCAGAUAUUUACACUGUCACGAGCGUCGUUCAUGCAUGUGCUUGUAGCAACUCUUUGGAUAAAGGAAGGGAUGUACACAAUUAUAUUAAAAAGAACAACAUGGAGUCGAGUUUGCCCGUCUCUAAUGCUCUCAUGAAUAUGUAUGCAAAAUGUGGAAGCAUGGAAGAAGCUCAUCUAGUUUUCUCUCAAAUUCCAGUUAAAGACACCGUCUCAUGGAAUACAAUGAUUGGAGGAUAUUCACAAAACUCACUUCCCAAUGAGGCUCUAGAACUUUUUGUGGACAUGCAAAAACAUUUGAAGCCUGAUGACAUUACAAUGGCCUGUGUCCUUCCAGCUUGUGCAGGCUUAGCAGCUCUGGAGAAAGGCAGAGAGAUACACGGGCACAUAUUGAGAAAAGGGUACUUUUCAGAUUUGCAUGUGGCCUGUGCACUUGUUGAUAUGUACGUAAAGUGUGGGUUAUUACUUCUUGCUCGGCAACUGUUUGAUAUGAUUUCGAAAAAGGAUCUGAUCUUGUGGACUGUUAUGAUAGCUGGAUACGGCAUGCAUGGGUUUGGAAAGGAGGCAAUUUCCAUAUUUCAAAAGAUGAGAGUUGCAGGUGUUGAGCCUGAAGAGCCGUCUUUCACUUCCAUACUUUAUGCAUGCAGUCAUUCUGGAUUGCUGAAAGAGGGGUGGAAAUUCUUUAAUUCUAUGAGAAGUGAAUGCAACAUCGAGCCCAAGUUAGAACACUAUGCCUGUAUGGUGGAUCUCCUUGUUCGCUCCGGAAAUCUAUCCAAGGCAUACAGGUUCAUUGAGACUAUGCCAAUUAAACCAGAUGCUACAAUUUGGGCUGCCUUGCUUUCUGGGUGCAGGAUCCAUCAUGAUGUGGAGCUAGCAGAAAAAGUAGCAGAGCAUGUUUUUGAGCUAGAGCCAGAGAACACAAGGUAUUAUGUUCUUCUAGCGAACGUCUAUGCGGAGGUGGAAAAAUGGGAAGAAAUGAAAAAGUUACAAAGAAAGAUAGGUAGGCAAGGAUUCAAAAAGGAUCAAGGCUGUAGUUGGAUAGAGGUACAAGGAAAAUUCAAUAUCUUUUUUCCUGGGGAUACUUCACACCCUCAAGCCAAAAGGAUAGACUCGUUGCUGAGAAAAUUGAGAAUGAAAAUGAGUAGUGGAGGUUACACUACCAAGAUGAGGUAUGCAUUGAUUAAUGCAGAUGAUAUGGAAAAGGAAGGCUUUCUAUGUGGGCACAGUGAGAAGUUAGCCAUGGCUUUUGGUAUAUUAAAUUCGCCUCCGGGGAGAACUGUUAGAGUCACUAAGAAUCUAAGAAUGUGUGGAGACUGUCAUGAGAUGGGGAAGUUCAUAUCCAAGACAACCGGUAGGGAAAUUCUGGUGAGAGAUUCAAACCGGUUUCACCAUUUCAAGGAUGGUUUGUGUUCUUGCAGAGGUUUCUGGUAAAUUAGUGGAAAAAUUCAAUAGAGGGGAAGGUUUUAAAUGUCAAUCUAUCAUCCCCUUCAUGAUAAUUGACAACCUUAUAUUUUCUAAUCUCAGUUAUCUAACUGAUGUUUAUAGAUUAGGUUAUAAGGUCAAAGCCAAAGUUUAUGUAGAAAGGAUAGCCACAAGAAUCAGUGGUUCAGACUCCGUUUUUCAGUUAUGCCAGAGGCAAUAUAACUGUCGUUUGUCUGAGUUAAUGAUUGGGGUUCAUAUGAAGCAUGUUUUCAAUUCUCAUUUCUGACAAUGUCUUGAUUCUUAAGAAGGGAAUCAAAAUGAGAAUAACACUAUAAAUGCUACUGAAAUGCAUAGGAAAUGAGGAAUUCGGUGCCAUAUACCCAUUUUUCGAAGCACGAGUACAGUUGCAUGUGGAUGCCACGCCUUAGAUUAAUUGAAUGGGUCACGUGUUUUUGGGUUUUUCUAUGUAUUUCAGAUUCAAAUUCCUCUCCAUUCCUUGCACAUGCAAUGCCUAAUCCACCAUACCAAACAUGCUUUUUUCUGC